AUGGCUAAGUCAUCAAUGCCAAAUCCUCAUGUUGCAAACGCUAAAAGUGCUGCUGAAUCUCUUAAAUCAGUACUAAGAACAAACCCUUGGGAAGGAGCUGAUCAUUUGGUGAUAAUACCUGUUGCUACGGUGGCAUCACUACUAAUAGAUGUUGUGUUUUGCGUUGAGAAAAUUUGUCACGCAGUUGAUGAACUUGCAUCCCUUGCAAAUUUUGUUGUACCUUCCGAGUUACUUCAUCGGGGAACAGUGCAACCAAGUUCUGAUCAUGAUGGUUCGGUUCAUGUCAUCACCGUUAAUGAGUGA